UGGUUUAAUUCAGAGAGAUAGAGGAGAUUAUGAGUCUCUCAUAAGUCAUUGAUCAGAUUCGUUUGGUGCAUACAAUAAUAUAUACAUAUACAUAUGAAGGAAAGUGAGAGAAGGAGGAAGAGAAGGGCACAAAUUAAAAAUAUAUCUCAAUCGCCAAAUAUAAAUCGGUGAAUCCGUGAGUGUUGCAUGCAAAAUGCCGGGAGAUUCAAUCACAGCAGGUGGUGUCGAUGAAGUUGAGCCCGUGCAGAAGGGUAGUACUAAUUGGGCAAAUGAGGAGUGGGUCGUAGACAUAAGAAACGAACUCGAUCGGCUCUUGCAUGAUGGUCCGACAGCGCUGCGGGAACGCUUCUCAAAGAAGCGAUCCAUGAUCUACAAAGUGCCGGCUUUCCUGAAAAACCUAAACAACAAAGCCUACGAGCCUCAAAUGGUGUCCUUUGGUCCUUACCAUUACGGAAAGGAACAUUUGAUGCCAAUGGAGAAGCGCAAGCACACCAUGCUCCUCGAUUAUCUCCAAAGAUCAGGGAAGCCUCUGGAAUCAUAUGUCAACGCUCUGGCCCCAGUGGUGCAAGAUUUGAAAGACUUUUACAAUGCACUCGAACCUCGUUGGCAUGGGGAUACCAGCGGAUUCUUGAAGCUAAUGGUCCUAGAUGGCUGCUUCAUGCUCCAUUUCAUAGAUCGUGAGUCUCAUUACGGACUUAACCGGGACAUGCUCCUCCUUGAAAAUCAACUGCCCAUCCUUGUUCUCCUAAAGAUUGAUCAAGUGCGAAACUAUGUCUCCCAUACUGGUUCAUCUGGCAAAGCAUUUCAAUUCUGGUCAGCAAUUGAACUUACGGAAGCUGGGAUCAGGUUGAAACCGUCAAUCGCAGUAGAGCAGGGGAGAAUCUCGUUCAACGCCGAUGACGGGGUCCUAAGACUCCCACGCUUGGAGGUGGACCAUGCGACGGAAUCGAUAUUUCGAAACUUGAUAGCUUUCGACAGCCUCCACGUUGGCGACUUACGGGGUGAACUGACUUCCUUUAUUUACUUCAUGCGGCAGCUAAUAAAAAUCCCUAGAGAUGUCAGCGUGUUGAUAGCCAGAGGCAUCAUAGUAAAUAAUGGCGUCGGAAGUGACGAAGCUAUCGUCCGACUCUUUGACUCACUCUCUAAGGAGGUACCGAUGCUCAACCCAUUUACUUCGAAAAUGUUUAAUGAUGUGUAUGAACCAAUCCUGGACUACCGCCGCAAGCCACAGAAUAGGCUCCGUGCAUAUGUUGUUCACGCCUACCACGAGAGUACUAAUUGGAGUCCCUUGGCUUAUUUGUCUAUCCUUGCCGCCAUUCUCCUUUUCAUCCUCUCCUUUCUUCAAACUUGGUACACCCUCUAUCCAUAUUACCACCCACGCAAAUAACUGGGCCUUUGGGGUAGAAUUGCCAUUUCUCUCUGUACCGGAAUUAGCAAUCUACUCCGAGAUCUCCACCCUCAUUUUUUUAAUAUAUAUAUAUACGGUGUACUAUUCUCUCCGUCCCGUAAAGUUAGUAAUAUACAAAAUUACGU